CAGACGGUUACGGUGACGGAGCCACGGCGGAGACUGAGAUUCGCAUUUUCUAUCAUGGCAUCGUCAUCCUACUACCUCCGUCGCCGCUCCGCCUCCCUCGUCCUCCGCGCUCUCUCUCAUCCUCCGGCGCGUCAAUUCCACCUCCUCGAGAACCCUAACCUUCUCUCUCCUCACGUCCCUCUCACUAGGAGCAGGAGCAGCAGUGCCUACUCGUUUGCUCCGACUCGCACUCUCACUCUCACUCUCACUCUCACUCACUCUCUGUGUUUGGAUUUGGAUCGACUCGCCGGAGUUGACUCGGCGGCGACUCUGUCGGCGGUUUUGAAUUCCGGCGGUGCUGAAGGGUCGCUGCAGCACCUGCGUCCCAUUCAGGACUUGAUUUCAGUGCUCGAUUGGUUCCAUCAGCUCACUGGUUUACCAUGGUGGCUAGUUAUAGUUUCCUCCAGUUUGGCAAUGAGAAUUGCAUUGCUCCCCAUACUCAUUGUGCAACUCAAAAGGUUGAAAAGGAUUGAACCAUUUCUUCCCAGAUUGCCUCCUCCCGGGUCAUCUUGCUACUCAGCAAAAAGUUACUUUCGUCGAAUUUCUCUGUUUGAAAAGAGGAGGAGGGAAAUAGGAUGUCCCUCAUUUCUAUGGCUAAUUGCAAUCCCCAUUGUUCGGGCUCUGUGCUUUUCCCUCUGGUUCAGAAGUAUUCGAGAGAUGUCACUGAGUAACCAUCCAGGGUUUGAUUGUGGUGGCACUUUAUGGUUCCAAAAUUUGACCGAAUUGCCUCGUGAUGUUUUAAGCUGCAUCUUCCCUUUAAUGAUUGCUGGUUUGCAUUAUAGCUAUAUUCAGAUUUGCUUUAAGCCAUCUUCAGGAAGGAAGUUCAUGUUUGGCUUAUUAUCUGAAGAAGAAUUUAAGUUCCAAUUGAAAGCUUUGACUCUGCCUAUCUACUUGUUUUGCUAUUUUGUUCCUCAGGGAUGUCUAGUCUAUUGGGUCACAAGUAAUUCACUCAAUAUUAUUCAGGCAUUAGCUCUGGCUGAUCCUCGUGUAUGUGCAAAGUUGGGGUUGCCAGACAAGAAUCAUAGUAAAGAGACUUCGAGUUGUGAGGAGUUGGAUAAUUCUAGACUAUCACCCUUGGUCUCUCCUAUGGAAUCAAAAAAGAUAUCUCCGCAGAUCCCAUCCCCUAGAGAUCUGAGUAAUCUUUCAAUCAAACUCUUAUCAGAAGGACAUAAAGAAAGAGCACUACAUUUGCUAAAAAUUGCUCUUGAAAAGGAUCCUGAAUAUAUAAGAGCAUUAAUUCUAAUGGGUCAGACUCUAUUGCAAAAGAAAUUGAAUGCAGAAGCAACCGAGUACUUUGAGCGUGCUAUAACAAAGAUCUUUAUUGCUGGUCAUCCGACAAAAGUAGAGGACAUUGAUAAUCUAAUUGUUGCAUCUCAGUGGGCUGGUAGCGCCUACAUACGACAGGGAAAAAUGGAGGAAGGGAUUGUACACCUUGAAAGAAUUGCACAGUUGGAAGAGCCAGAUGAACCAAAGAGCAAAGCUCAUUAUUUUGAUGGGUUGUUAAUGCUGGCAAGUGCUCUAUCAAAUGUGGGUCGCAAGGAUGAAGCUUUAAAGCAUCUGCGCUUGGCUGCUGCUUAUAAUCCUGCUUACAAGGAAUACUUGGAACAAUGUAAAAAUAUGGACGACAGUGUUGUCAGCGGUAAUAGGAAAGUCCAGCAAGACAGAAGAAAAUUGGGCAACAAGAAGAAAGACAAGAAAACGAAGAAUUGCUAGCGUGGUUGUUGCUUGAUGAUCGAGUGCAAUUGAUUAAUAUUGUAAGGUGCCUGUAUGAGCUUCCUCUUGCUCAAGAGUUUGGCUCUGAAACUUUUGCAUGAACUUCUGUUAAAAGUAAGGUACACUUGGUCCAUGGAAGUAUAUUAAAUGCUGGAUUUGCUACUUUUUUUUUUUUUUUUUCAAUGUACCAAGA